AUCGGUCCCGUCGUCAUAUAUUACUGCGUAUAUUAACUACCUGCAAUGCCUCGCUUUAAGCCGCCCCCGCCUCCUGAGGCUCUGCUUUUCGAGCACUGCAGCCGCACUGCACCGACAACAACACAGGCCAGUCUCAGCCAUGAAGCACCAGUCGGUGGCCCAGCUCCUCGUGGCCGCCGUGGCAGCCCCUGUCACGGCUGCCGCGGCCUCCUGGAAGAACGUAAACAUCGGCGGCGGCGGUGGUUUCAUUCCCAGCAUCGUGUUCCAUCCUACAGCCAAGGGCGUCGCCUAUGCGCGAACGGAUAUCGGAGGGCUCUAUAGACUGAACUCUGACGACUCGUGGACGCCCGUUACUGACAGCCUGGCCACCGAUGCGAGAUGGGGCGACUGGGGCAUCGACGCCCUUGCCCUGGAUCCUCAGGACCCGAACAAGGUCUACGCCGCCGUGGGAAUGUACACCAACAGCUGGGACCCGAACCCGGGCUCCAUCAUCCGCAGCUCUGACAAGGGGGCCACCUGGGCUUCCACGGACCUGCCUUUCAAGGUCGGAGGAAAUAUGCCGGGCCGUGGUAUGGGCGAGAGGUUGGCCGUGGAUCCCGCCAACUCCAACAUCCUCUACUUCGGUGCUCGCAGCGGCAACGGGCUGUGGAAGAGCACAGAUGGCGGAGUGACCUGGGCCAAGGUCACUUCUUUCCCCAACCCUGGCACGUACAGGCCGGACCCCACCGACACUACUGGGCUGAAUAGCGACAUUAUCGGUCUGACCUUCGUCACUUUCGAUUCCACGUCCGGGCUCACCAACGGCGCCACCUCGCGCAUCUUCGUCGGUACUGCUGACAACAUCACGGCUUCGGUCUAUGUCUCGACCGACGCCGGUGCCACCUGGUCUGCUGUUCCCGGCCAGCCUGGGAAGUACUUCCCCCACAAGUGCAGGCUCCAGCCGACCGAGAAGGCUUUGUACCUCACAUACAGUGACGGCGCUGGCCCGUACGACGGCACUCUUGGCGCUGUGUACCGCUACGAUCUCACCACCAGCACCUGGAAGGACAUCACUCCCGUGUCCGGCAGCGACUUGUACUUCGGCUUUGGAGGUCUGGGCGUGGACAUGCAGAAGCCCGGCACCAUCAUGGUGGCCUCGCUGAACUCGUGGUGGCCCGAUGCCCAGAUUUUCCGGUCGAACGACUCGGGCACCACCUGGACGAAGAUCUGGGAAUGGACAAGCUACCCGAAUCAGAACUGGUACUAUGCUCUCUAUACCGACAAUGCGCCCUGGAUCAACGCUGGGUUCAUCUCGCAGGACACGAAGCGGCUGGGCUGGAUGAUUGAGUCCCUCGAGAUCGACCCGUUCGACAGCAACCACUGGCUGUACGGAACCGGUCUGACGCUCUACGGCGGCCACGACUUGACCAAAUGGGAUACCGCCACGCGGAACGUCACCAUCUCGUCGCUCGCCGUUGGCAUCGAGGAGAUGUCGGUGCAGGGCCUUGCUUCGGUCCCGGGCGGAAGCGAACUCCUCGUCGCAGUUGGUGACGACUGCGGGUUCACUUUCCAGAGCAGCAGCGACCUCGGCACGCCGCCCGAGACAAAUUGGAUGACACCCGAGUGGUCGACCUCUAGCGAUGUUGACUACGCUGGCAACAAGCCCCAGAACGUCGUCCGCGUCGGCAACGCCAAUGGCUCGCCGCAGAUCGCCCUCUCCACCGACGGCGGUGCCACCUGGUACGCGGACUACGCCACCGACAACACCAAGAGCGGCGGUACGCUCGCCUUCUCGGCCGACGCCGACACCAUCCUCUGGUCCUCCGGUAACUCCGGCGUGCUCAUUUCUCAGAACCAGGGCACCUUCACGGCCGUGUCCGCCGUACCGUCUGGUGCCGCCAUCGCCGCCGACAAGCGCAACAACACCGUCUUCUACGCCGGCUCCGGCGGCGACUUCUACCGCAGCACGGACACGGGCACCACCUUCACCAAGACGGCCUCGGCCUUCGGCAGCGCCGUCUCCUCUAUCCAGGACAUCGCCGCGCAUCCGGCCGUCGCGGGCGAGGUCUGGGUCAGCACCAACGCGGGCCUGUUUCGCAGCACCGACUACGGCGUCACCUUCGCGCAGGUCGGCGCCGGCAGCCUCACCAAGACGCAGCAGAUCGCCUUCGGCAAGGGCACCGGCGGCGCGAACUCGUGGAACUUGUACGCGUUCGGUACCGGCUCGGCCGGCGCCAAGCUCUACGCCAGCGCCGACAACGGCGCGACGUGGGUAGAUAUCCAGGGUACCCAGGGCUUCGGCGCCAUCAGCGCGAACAAGGUCGUCGGCAGCGGCAACGUGGCAGGACAGGUGUAUGUCGGCACGAACGGGCGUGGUGUGUUUUACGCCCAAGUGUCGGUCGCGGGCGGCGGUGGCGGCAGCUCUUCCACGGCACGGCCGUCGUCGACUUCGACUUCCACGACCAGCAAGACCACGCUGACCACCUCGACUAUCAAGACCACCUCGGUGACAACCACGUCGACCUCCACCGUCAAGAGCACGAGCACCACCACUAGUGCCGCGCCUCAAGCGACUCAGAGCCAUUGGGGACAGUGCGGUGGUCAAGGGUGGACCGGCCCGACUGUCUGUGCCUCGCCCUACACCUGCCAGAAACAGAAUGAUUGGUACUGGCAGUGCCUGUGAGCGCUGGUUCUGGACGGUGAAGGACGACGCGGGGAGGUGCAUGCCCACUUUGUGCUCUCACUAGUUUGUUGAGUGUUGGAUUUGUGGAGACAUAUGCGACAUAUUUGACCGUACAUAUUCUGGACUGACGCCUCCGAGGGGGCGUUCUUUCUCUUCUUGGUACAUAUCUUGAUGCAUUACACUUGGUUCUCGACGUCCUGCGGUU